AUGGCAGCUAUUAUUCAUCCUAUUUUUUUUCGCUCAGCGGGUUCCUUUCAGCUCGCAUACUUUGCAAAACUGAAGAGUGGCAAAAAUCUGAAAGAUGCAGAAUUAUUUUGCUUUUUGGCUGCACGGGAGCCAUUUCUGAAAUUGCAAAUCGAAUUAAAAGUCCUUGCGAGUAACGUCUCUGCUGAUCUUACGCGUCAGCUCGAUUCUGCUCGUGUGCUCCUGUGCGCUACCGAAGACUUGUACAGUUGCGCUUCCAUCAAAACGUUCUUCCAUCGUUGUCUGCAGUAUGGAAAUUUCCUGAAUCAGUCAACGUUCGCAGCUGGUGCCUCUGGAUUUGCGUUAACGUCGCUGUUGAGCGCAUUGAAUACGAAGGGAAAUGGUCCUACAUCCAACAUACGUCUCGUUGAUAUUCUUGCAGAGAACGCCGACAAUAAAAUACGCAGUGCUGUGAACGUUCUGUCACUGCUAGAAUCAGCUAAGAAAUGUUCGGUCGAUGAUUUGGAGAAAUCAGAAUUAGGACUUCGUCGAUCGCUGGAAAAGUCCUUAAAAAAUGUGCAAGAAUGUGGCGAUGCCAGCCUUUUUGCACACUAUUCACCAAUAAUUAUGGACUCAAUAACCAAGUGCGGUCAGCUGACUCGAACCCUCAAAAAAAUACGGGAUAAUGAACUUCGGUUGAAGGAGUACUACUGCGGCCCAACUAUGAAUUUGGAAGCCAUACUGGAAACCUUGUAUCAGGCUUUUAAGCUUUUUCAGAAUGCGCUGAAUGUAAGAUAA